AAAAAGAUCCACGCUUGCCCUUAUGAUGGUUGUGGUAAAGUCUAUGGUAAAAGUUCCCAUUUAAAAGCUCAUAUUCGAACCCAUACAGGUGAACGUCCUUUCCCUUGCACUUGGUCUGAAUGUGGUAAAAGGUUUGCUCGAUCCGAUGAAUUAGCUCGCCAUUAUAGAACUCAUACUGGUGAAAAACGCUUCGAAUGUCCAGUCUGCAAUAAGCGUUUCAUGAGAAGUGAUCAUCUAUCCAAGCAUGCUAAGCGCCAU